UAUCGGCCGAAAAUCGCUGUAUUGAUCUUUGUGUGGCUUUACUCGAUGUUCCAACAAGAUCUUUGUGUACGUUAGCCCAGGGUCCACUUUGCCUAUGAAGAUCUCCUCGCACACUUCACUCAAAAGCGCUGGGCAAAUGUGCAGUGACAAUGAAAUGUUUGUUCCCUCGCCUGCUUUCGUGCUGCAGUUGUUCGCUCGUGCGAUUGAGUUAAGUGAAGAAUUGGAUAAAGGAGUUCGUGUGACAACCUAAUGCCGUGUGGUGACGCGCGAAGAUGACGAAGAGCAUGAGGGGCCCUUUGCCCCUGCUUUACUUAUGGGUCAUAGCAUAUUUAGCGGCCCUCUCUACCGCCCUUCAGAGGAACCAGGGCAUCACGGAUACUAGAGCUCAUGUAGGACGCAUCUUCCGAUUGCAGAUUCCAAAGAAUGCGUUCGAAGGAACCAUAGAACGAUAUGAAGUUACUGAGGCUGGAGAAAGUAGUUUGCCUUCGUGGCUAGAGUUCGAUCCUGAACAACAACUAUUUACUGGAGUCCCAGGCGUAACAGAUAGUGGUCAACUUUAUGUAUGCAUCAAAGUUAUUGCUGGCAGUUCUACAGCUAAAGACGUCUUUUCUAUUGAAAUAACUGAUGAUUCACCCGCAGAUGACUAUUGUCAGUUUGGGAAAGAAGAAACCACUGCCACUAUUGUAAUUGAUGCAACUCUUUCAGACCUUAAACCUUCCGAAAAAUUCCAUAUGUUGCAGGCUAUCGCAUCUCACUUCAAUCUGCCUGAAUCGAGGUUUCGUAUCUCUGCGCUUCAUCGUGAUGAAAGUUCAUUUGAUCCAUCUGCUGUUCGAGCGGGUCCAGGAAAUGCUCUGGAGAGAAGUCACGAAGGAACUCAGAUUCAAUUUAGAGUGGGUUGUUCUGGCGAUAUUUCUUCGGAAUACGAACCCAUCAUUGCAAAUUUAGAAAAAUCAGCCGCAAAUGGCGAGUUGGCGGACUUAAUAGGCCAUAUGAUUGUUGGGUGGCAGGUAUCCGGAACUAAUCGUGGUGUGACACACAUCCGAGAUAAACGAAAUGUAACUCCGUUUCACGCUACCCCUGUGCCUAAAAUGCAUGUUACUCGAUGGCCAACCUACACUGAGAGAAUAAUAGAUGAAGCUGAAACGCGAGAAAUAGUUCCAAGCAUGCGAAUAGUUCCCACAAUGUCAUCGCCACAUUUUAUCGAUCGAACGAAUUUUGAUCAUAGACACCGGCAUCAUCAUGGACAAGAUGUAUUACGUAGACAAAACAUUUUCCCUACAGCUGAAAUUCUAGCAUCACCAACUUAUCGCUACCAUCCCUUUCCUACUAAACAGGCUUCUGGUGCUACACCUCUCCCAACUCCUGUGUUAUAUCCCGACAGACCAACAACCCCUGUUGUACCAACUCGCAUUUAUGAAAUUGAUGGAACUGUUUCCGUUAUGAAAGAACGAACUGUUCAUGUUUCUGAAGACAUCUUGUCUCGUUGGUAUGUCCUUACAAGUGAUUUCACUACUGCUGAUAUAAAACCUACAAGAAGUCGAACAACGGUAGAACCAACGAGAACCAUGCCAAAGAUGCCGAAUUUCAAACCUACUGUUAGUAGUAGAACUAAGAAACUUUCAUUGGUGGCUGGAAAAGCUUGGAGAUAUGAAAUUCCAUCUGAUACUUUUGUUGAUAUGGAGGACGGAAAUACUAAAGACCUAAAGUUGAUGUUUAUGACCUCGGAACGUACAUCAUUACCUUCUGCUUCUUGGAUACAGUUCGAUCCAGAAACCCAAGUUAUAUACGCUUUGCCUUUGAGUGAAAAUAUUGGGAAACAUGAAUUUGUUUUAGAAGCCAUGGACAGUGAAGGUGCAUCCACAUUCGAUAGAGUUGAAUUACAUGUUUGGCAACACCCAGAAGCUGAUAAGUUUACUCAUACAUUCACAAUGACUGUUCGAUAUAACAAAUGGCAAUAUCCUGUCGGUAUAGAUUGGCAGAUAGAAAUAUUGAAUAGAUUAGCUAGAUUAUUCAAAGAUCCUGAUAAUUCUAAAUUAAGCGUGAUUCGUGUAACUUUGGACCCCGUCAAAAUUCUUUGGUCUAAUGAUACUCUGGCAACUUCCCACUGCCCAUUUGAAGAUAUUAAACGAGUUUAUGACGUUUUUGCCACAUUUGAUCACCACCCGACAAAAGAGAUGAAAAAAUUCAUGUCACCUGAAUUUAGAGUGCAAGAUAUCAAUGUGAAAUAUGAAGGUGCGUGCCAUGGAGUAGUGACAACAUCACCACCUCCUCUGAACGCCGCACCUAUCUUAAGAAACAGCAUCGGCAGAAUAAAUGUUACGGUUGGGGAUAUAAUUAAAUUCAAAGUCCCUGAGAACACCUUUUUUGAUUUCGAAGAUGGUGCUACACGUCAAUUGCGGCUGUCACUCCUCACUCCAGAUAACGUACAGCCUCCAAAAUCUUACUGGGUUCAGUUUGAUCCACGUAGUCAAGAAAUUUAUGGUAUUGCCUCAGAAAGGGAAAUUGGAACUCAUGAUUUCUUGUUGAAUGCAGUAGACAGCGAUGAUAGAUCUGUCGCAGAUGCCUUUGUGAUUCAUGUGUCUACAUUAUCCAGGCGCGUGGAGCCACCUGUUGAAUUCAGUGUUGAGUUGAACUAUGAUUUUGAUGAAUUUUUCUCCGACACGGAUAAGAAAACUUUGGUUGCCUCAAAAAUUGCGCGUUUAUAUGGAGAUCCCGAUCCUCGUCACAUGGUUAUUCUAAACAUAACCCGCGGCUCUGUGGUGUAUGCUUGGAGUAAUAAGACGCUGGACAAUGAAACCUGCCCAAAAGAUAAGAUAGAGGAACUUGUCAAAUGCAUCAUUAAUGAUGAUGGUACCUUAUCUAAUAACUUAAUCGAAAUGAUGAGACCAGAAUUUGAAGUCAUUGGUGCUGAUGCUGUUCCGAAAGGGAUGUGUCUGGGAAGUGCUCCACCUACUUUCGUUACUAUAACAACAACCACUCCUGCGCCACCUCCGCCAGAGGAUCUGGAACCUACUUUGAAGACAUCUACAGACGACGAUAUAUACAUAACAACAAUAGUUCCAGCCAUUGUCAUAGCUGUUAUGCUGGUCAUUGCAGCAGUUGUUGCAUACUUCUUGUACUGGAAGAAGAGGAAGGGCAAAAUGAGCUUAGGUGAUAAAGAUUUCAUUGGAAGUGGCGUUCCGGUUGUAUUCGCAGGUGAACUAGAAGAACAGAAACCGGACUUAGGAAAAGCCCCAGCAAUAAUGAAAAACGAAAAACCUCCUUUGUCAACAGACUAUUUGUUCAACCCUUUUAGGAGGGGCACGGCGGCUGUCCGAGACUCAGCCCCGCCAACCGCGGCUAAGACUCGUGACAUCCCCCCUCUGAGAGAGCGAAAAGAGACUUCAUCCCUUUACAAGCCACCACCCCCUUUUGCAUCUAAUAGGGAAUCAAAAAGCACUCGUCCGAAAAGUACACAAGCGUACAGACAUGCUACCUAUGUGCCACCUUAAGGAAGAUUCUUAGUGUGAUUGUCCUUUAGAUCUGAUUUACAAAAAUACCUUAUCCCUAAUCCUUCGGGAUAUAUUUCUUGAAAUUCUUUGAGAUUAUUUCUUGAUAUAGAGAUUUCUCAGCUCUUUGCUAAUGAAAUCUGUUGAACAAUACCAGAUGACAAUUCGAUAUAAAUGCAAUAUUUCUAAUUUAAAUUCAUUUCAUUGAAUUGCUUAUUUGAUAUAUUGAUUUAAAAAUGAAAUGAUGAAUGCAGUCUUGUUGAUCAGAUAUUAAGACUGGAUUCAAUUAUUUAUCUGAAAAUCUUCAGCUAGUCACCAUGUUAAACUUCGGGUUUGAAAGUUUGCGAGAUCUUUUCAGUGCUUCAUCUUCAAUAAUUCGCAAAUGUGAUUUGAUCGUCGGGACAUGAGUUUGUCAGAGAACUGCAAGUUAAAUGUAAUUAUGGUGUCUGAACAAUAUUUGAAAUGACUGGAUUAUUAAUUCAAAUUACAAUAUUCAUCGAGAAAUUUAGAUUUCGUAUAAAACAAUACAUUUGUUCAUUCAAAAUGACAUCUCAAUAAUUAUAAUUAUUCUAAAUUUUUUUUUUUUUUUUUAGUUUUGACUCGGAAUGCUCUUAAGCGUCGUUUAACGCAUUUAUUUUAAAAAUCAGUAUCUCGACACACAAAAUAAAUUAUCACAAAGUAGGUGAUUUUUAAAGGUUUGUUUAACACAUAUUGAAAUUAUAAUUUUUAAAACAAGUUCUUUUAUUCUUUAGACUCGCCUCAAUUUAUAGAUAUAUUUUGGAGUAAAUAUUUAUCGGAAUAUUUUGUUGAUACAUAAGCAUUGUUUAAAAAUACAUUUGAUAUUGGAAUACAGUAAACAUUUAUGCCUUAUAGUUGCGUUUGAUCUAAAAUGAAGAUUAAAUCUAUUAUCUAGCUUUACCUAGUAAGUUAAAAUUUAGAACAUUUUCAAAUGUUUUUCUAGAGAUAUUACCAUAUUUCAAGUGUGACAUUUAGGUGCAAUAAAUAUUAUUAAUAUAUGAAAAAGCAAGAGGUUUACUAAUGCUAUGUUUCAAAUGGCAGUGGCGUAGUGAUGGGGAGUAGAAGGUGUAUAUAUGACCCGAGUUCAUUGGUGAUAAAAGGUUAAUGUGUUUCUGUCACUUUUUAAAUCAACUAUGAUGAAAGGACAAAAAUAAAAAUACCUUUUUUCUCAGACGCCAUUUACAAUUGUUAAAUAAAUGAUGGCGAUUGGGGGAGGGGGAAUCACAUCAUUCCCCUGGCGCCACUUACCUUCUCUAAGCCACUGCCAGAUAAAGAGAUUUUAGGAAACCUAAUUAUUGUUGGAGAUAAGAUAAAGUUGCCUGUACGAUAUAUCAUUCACAUGUCGGUAAUGACUUAGGCAGAAAAUUGGAAAAUUGUUAGGAAAUGGUAAAAUAAGUAAAUAAUGUUUUGUGGGAAGAAUAUCUUUUCCCUUCAAAUUUACGAUGCUUGUGUUGAGAAAUGAGAGUAUUUUAUGUAUAGGACAAUCGUUUCACCCUCCUACAUGUUAUUCAUUAAAGAGUUCAUCUGUUUGUUUGUUAAUCUACAUCAAAUGUUCCACAGAUUUUGAAUUAAAUCCACGAUUCGUGGAUUUACUUCACGAUGUUAUUUUACUUAAAGAUGCAUUGUUAAUGAAAGCCCUGUUUUAUCAGUGGCUUCUUCAUCUACAAUAAAAUGAAGGUUGAUGUUUAAGAAUGUUAAUGGCUGUAAAGCUGCUGCAGAAACUUUUUUUUAUCAAUUUGAUUUGUAUUUGAAUGAAUUUUCAUGUUACAUUCAUGUUGAAACACUGUUGUGGAAAAAAAAAAAAAAUCUUCGAAAUGCAUUUAAAAAAAUGGGAAAAAACUUUAAUAAUGUCCAUUGAUGGUUCAGAAUUUAAAACUAGACUUCAGAGACCGUUUUCAUUUCUAUCUGAAUUUGAACAGGAUGCUCUGUGGCAAUAAUGUAAAUAGAAAUGUUAAAUUAUCGCUGCAUCGAAAACCAGCUUAGAUGUGCGUGCUUUUAGGGUGCUAUUAAAAGUAAUCAAAAUGCUAAAUUUCAUGAUAUGUUAUUUGCAAUUAUUCAACAGGUUAAAAACAUCUUUUAAAUGGUUAGAAAAACGAUACUCUGAUAUAAAAAAAAUGCAGUGAAUGAGAGUGUGGCGAACAUUUACAAUAUUUUAACAGAUUUUUUUCGUAUUAUCUUAAUAAGAUUAAGAAUAUCAUUCAAACUCUGAUUUCCCGAGCAUAGACGAUUUUUUUUUAUUUGAUGAUAAAAGUGAGUUCGUAAAUGUAAAGUGAAGUGAUUGAAUUCUCGAUCUACCAACCGGUGAGCACUAAUGUUUUCCUUUCAAUUCAUGUCACAAAAAGUGAUAUUCGUGUUAAAAGGCUAUGGACAUUCUUUUAUAAGUUUUACUGCAAUGACUUAGAAGAGGGUAUGAUUAUCUUCAAGCUGUCGUCGUAAAGUUAUGAGCCACUUGUUGAUAAGACUAAAACUAUUACAGCCAACUUUAUUUCAUGAUCAUGAGACACUGGAUGAAUCUGUGACUAUUUCAGCCUAUUCUUGUCUUUAGAUCACUUAGAUAAGGCACACGCUGAUGAGUCUGUAAUUACUUCAAUCAAUUUGUGUCUCAAGAUCACUUGUUAGAUAAGGCACUUGCUAAUGAAUCUGCGACUUCUUCAAUCAGUUUGUGUCUCAAGAUCUCUAAGAUAAGGCAUUUGUUAAUGAAAUUAUCCUUACUCGGUAUAUUAACAUAGUUUGGCAUAAAAAUAUUCGAGAUUUCACAAGGUGCUAGUAGUUAACCAAUUCAUGAAUCCAUUUUCCUAGUUCCUAGUCUAAAAUUGAUCACCAUGAGCAUGUAAACUGAAAAUGGCAGCUAAAUACAACAUUCAUGAGCUAGCACUUUUCUUUAACAUUGAUAUUCCAAUCCUCAAUAGAUGCUUGAAUUUAUAAAAUACAGCGCUGUUUAUCAUUAGAACAGCACGCGCUUUACUGAAUCACUUUUAACUAAGUGUAGACUCACUCUCAAGACAAAGAAUUUGCAAAUUUCGAACCUUGUCACGCAUAUAGAUUAUUUUUCUUUUAAAUUCUUAUCGCCUUUUUCUUUCAUAGAUUGCAUUUCUCUUCCAAUUUUGAAAUACUUUGAAUGACAGGAUAAUUGAAACAUUAUGUUUUAAUAUUUCCGUUUUUUUUAAAGAUUUAUUUCUUAACCUGGUGAAUAAUUGCUUUUCUGUCAAGAAAAUGAAUAAAAUUUCCUCUGUCAGUUCUGUUGAAUGCACUGUUAACCUUACUAGAAUGGCAUUUUUACAAGAUUAAACCUCUUUAUAAUUGUUUUCCACAAUCCUCUAAACCACAUUAUUUUAGAAAACGUAAUGUGAUACUCAUUCUGAUAACUGUUGUUUUGAUUUUGAAGUCUCCACGCAUAUUUUAGACAUACAGCUACUAGAUAAAUUUUUGCUCUACUACAGCAUUUAUGAACAAUUCGUUGAUAGUUAUAUUUUAUUAAUACAAAGCAAUUAACUUUAACUUAAUUAAAUUGUAAAUAAAGAAAUGAACAAUAAAAAAAAGUCAAAUAAUGGAAUUAACAAGCAUCUCUGUGACAUUCUCUGCAGUCCGCCAUUUGCAGAGCAGUUGCUUUUUAUCAUCAAAGUAUAUAUAAGAAAAAAAUUAAAUGUCGCAGAUAUUUUCAAGGAGAUGAAAAUAUAUUUUAUCUCUUCCGCUGUUUAACUACUUUAAGAUUAUUCAAAUAAAGAUUUAUUAUUAUAAAUCUACUAAUUAAAAAUAUAGAAUAAUUUAUUAUAAAUGUAAUAUUUAAAUGCUGAGAGAAACAAAAUAGAUCCCUCUCUAUAUUCUUAUUGUUAAAAACUUUAAAAGCAAAUAAGAUACCCUCCAUAGAGUAUUUUAUUUUUAAGAAAUUUGUUGCCAUGCGCUCUCAGCUAUAUAGAUUUGCGCUUUUAUAAAGGUCGUCCACAUAGUAAUAAAUUAAGUGGAAUUUAACUAAUUCGAAGGUUUUGGAUUUCUCAUAUGGUGCUUUAAAUUUCUUAUUAGCGUAACGUUGAAAUAUCUGUUAUUCGAAUUUAUUUCGGUCCAUCUUUUUUUUUGGCAAAACUACAAAUUAUUUUUUACUAGUUUCUUUUAAAUAUAUAAAUCCUUCAUUCAUUUAUCCACUAAUUGUUUAAUGCUGACAAUUUAUUCAAUUAAAACAAAAAUAGAAAAUAAAUCAAUUUUAAAAAAAUUGCACAUUAGAUAUAUUCUGCAGCUUUUAUUGCAUAAUU